GUCCUCCUCUUCUGACCGCCCGUCUGUUUCUGACAGGAUUUGGACCGUUUGAAGGCCUCCCACAAUCUCUGCGGAACCUUCAGGGCGGCUGUUCUUGAGGGAAGCGAGUUCAAAUCCUCCAUAGAGAUUUUUCUUCAUCUCCACAGACGGUUCCUGGAUAGGAAAGAGAGGAAGAUGGAGAAAGUGCCGCCUCUGAAAACCAGAAAGCUUUUCUUGGGCUGGCAGGCAUUGAGAGGGGCCUUUCCUCCUACUCCCAAGCCCAUCAUCCGUGCCCUCUCCUUUCCCCUCAGACGCGCUCCUCUUUCCCGCCCUUUCUGCAAUCCUGGCACUUUGCCCCUAAUCCACCAGGGGGCGCCCUCCGCCAAGGGAAGGGAACUCCCGGUGCUUCCCCAUUGGUCCACAGGAGGGCGAACGUCACAGCCGUCUUUGUAGGGGGUGGCCGGGAAGGAAGUGACAUCACGAAAGCAUGCCGCUCUAGGACGGUGCACUCUCUCUCCUUAACCCCGCAGAAGGCGGAGAGUCGGGGGGGGGGGAAUCCAGACGUUCCCCAGAUACACAAAGUCGAAAGCAUUUGUAAUCUUUGCAAGGCAAAAUUUUCUCUUGGGGGAAAAAAAAAGAGCGGAAUAACUUGCAGGGAUCAGUCCUGCAGCCCCAGAAAUGGUCCCAUGAAGGAAAAGGCAUCAGGAGACCCACCAGGAUGGAGACACAACCUUUUGGAAAGGAGGGAAGCGGAAAAGGCCCUUCAGCUGCUCAGCCUGGGAAUUGGGGGAAGCUCUGGACAAGGACUGGGCAGAAGUUCCUGAAGGAGGAAACCAUCCUCCCUUCAGAAGUUCAGCCCUGGAACUUCAUCCAAUACCAGGAGGCUGAAGGUCCCCGAGGACUUUGCAGCCGACUCCAUGAUUUUUGUAGGCAAUGGCUGAGACCAGAAAAGCACACCAAAGCCCAGAUGUUGGACCUGGUGGUUCUGGAGCAGUUCCUGGCUCUUCUGCCCCCAGAGAUGGAGGGCUGGGUGCGGGAGUGUGGAGCAGAGACCAGUUCCCAGGCAGUGGCUCUGGUGGAAGGCUUCCUCCUGAGCCAAGUGGAAGAGCAGAAGGAGCAGGUCGAGUUGCAGUGCUGCACUGUGGAGAUCAGAGAUCCUGAGGGAAAGAAGAACCCACCAAAUCCCCCUCCGCAGCUAUUUUUCAGGAGGAUCCCUUGGGAGGAUCAAAGUCAGGACACCUCAGGAGAGAAAGAAAGAAUGAAAUGUUCUGGUUUUCAUGACGGUGAUAAAAAAGCGGUUGAACCCCUAAAUCAGGAGAGUCUUGUGUCCUUCGAGGAGGUGGCUGUGUAUUUCUCUGAGGAGGAAUGGUCUCAGCUGGAUCCUGACCAGAAAGCGCUGUAUUUGGAAGUCAUGCUUGAAAACUAUGGGAACAUGAUCUCUCUCGGUAAUAAUGGUCAAGAGAAUCAAGAUUUCUGUGAACUGUUCCAAGUGAUCAAUGCUAAAGAUGGAACGGACAAGUUUGGAAUUCGAAUGGAACUAGAAACCCAUGAUAGAAACCAGUCAAAUGAUUGGAAUCAGGAAAGCUCAUCUUCCACCGAGGCUCCGAUACAAGACUUUCUUGCCCAACAGGAGAAAAUAAGGAAAAAAUAUAUUGGGGAAAGUGUGAAGCUAAUCAAAGCUAAAUUACAAGUAAAUGAACACUAUUCAAGCCAAAACAAAGGAGAAGAUGCUUUAAGGAGACACAACAGACAAAGUUACAACGGGAAAUUCAUUCCUUCUCUUGGAAAUAAGUUCCUUACAUCUCAAAAAGUGAUGGACACAAAACAGAAGCCUUACAAAUGUUUGGAAUGUGGAACAUGUUUUGGAACAAGCAGGCAACUUACUUCCCAUGAAGGGAUUCACACUGGGGAGAAGGUAUACAAAUGCAGAGAGUCUGGUAACAGGUUCAGAAGACGUAGUAAUCUUAUUUCCCCAAAAAGGAUCCAGGCAGGGGAAAAGCCAUUUCAAUGCAUGGAGUGCAAAAAAACCUUUGCUCGAAGAAAUAGUCUUAUUUACCAUAAGAGGAUCCACACAGGGGAGAAGCCGUAUGAAUGCUUGGAGUGUAGAAAAAUCUUUGUUCAAAGAGGUAAUCUUAUUCGCCAUGAGAGGAUCCACACAGGGGAGAAGCCGUAUGAAUGCUUGGAGUGUGGAAAAAUCUUUGCUCAAAGAAGUAAUCUUAUUAGCCAUAAGAGGAUCCACACAGGAGAGAAGCCGUAUAAAUGCUCAGAGUGUGGAAAGACGUUUGGUGAAAGAAGUAAUCUUAUUCGCCAUAAGAAGAUCCACACAGGGGAGAAGCCGUUUAAAUGCAUGGAAUGUGGAAAGAUGUUUUCUGAAAGAGCUCAUCUUAUUUGCCAUGAGAGGGUCCACACAGGGGAGAAGCCAUUUAAAUGCUUGGAGUGUGGAAAAAUCUUUGCUCAAAGAAGUAAUCUUAUUAGCCAUAAGAGGAUCCACACAGGAGAGAAGCCGUAUAAAUGCUCAGAGUGUGGAAAGACGUUUGGUGAAAGAAGUAAUCUUAUUCGCCAUAAGAAGAUCCACACAGGGGAGAAGCCGUUUAAAUGCAUGGAAUGUGAUAAGAGCUUUGCUUAUAGUGAUAGCCUUACUAUCCACAAAAUGAUACACACAGGGGAGAAGCCGUAUGAAUGCUUGGAGUGUGGAAAAAUCUUUGCUCAAAGAAGUAAUCUUAUUCGCCAUAAGUGGAUCCACACAGGGGAGAAGCCGUAUAAAUGCAUGGAAUGUGGAAAGACCUUUGCUUAUAGAAAUAGACUUACUAUCCACAAAAUGAUACACACAGGGGAGAAGCCAUAUAAAUGCAUGGAAUGUGGAAAGCGCUUUGCUUAUAGUAAUAGACUUACUAUCCACAAAAUGAUCCACACGGGGGAGAAGCCGUAUAAAUGCAUGGAGUGUGGAAAGACCUUUGGUUCUAGAAGUGGACUUACUAUCCACAAAACAAUCCACACAGGGGAGAAGCUGUAUAAAUGCAUGGAGUGUGGAAAGACCUUUGCUUCUAGAAGUGGACUUACUAUCCACAAAACAAUCCACACAGGGGAGAAGCUGUAUAAAUGCUUGGUGUGUGGAAAAAUCUUUUCUCGAAGAAGUCAUCUUAUUCGCCAUGAGAGGAUCCACACAGGAGAGAAGCCAUUUAAAUGCAUGGAGUGUGGAAAGACCUUUGCUCAGAGCUGUGACCUAAGAAAACAUGAAAGGAUCCACACAGAGGAGAAGCCGUAUAAAUGCAUGGAAUGUGGAAAGAGCUUUGCUUAUACUUCCUAUCUUAUUUCCCAUAAGAGGAUCCACACAGGGGAGAAGCCGUAUGAAUGCUUGGAGUGUGGAAAAAUCUUUGCUCAAAGAAGUAAUCUUAUUCGCCAUGAGAGGAUCCACACAGGGGAGAAGCCGUAUAAAUGCAUGGAAUGUGGAAAGAUGUUUUCUGAAAAAGCUCAUCUUAUUUGCCAUGAGAGGAUCCACACAGGGGAGAAGCCAUUUAAAUGCUUGGAGUGUGGAAAAAUCUUUGCUCAAAGAGGUAGUCUUAUUCGCCAUGAGAGGAUCCACACAGGGGAGAAGCCGUAUAAAUGCAUGGAAUGUGGAAAGAUGUUUUCUGAAAGAGCUCAUCUUAUUUGCCAUGAGAGGAUCCACACAGGGGAGAAGCUGUAUAAAUGCAUGGAAUGUGGAAAGAUGUUUUCUGAAAGAGCUCAUCUUAUUUGCCAUGAGAGGAUCCACACAGGGGAGAAGCCAUUUAAAUGCAUGGAGUGUGGAAAGAUCUUUGCUCAGAGCUGUGACCUAAGAGCACAUGAAAGGUUCCACACAGGGGAGAAACUGUAUAAAUGCAUGGAGUGUGGAAAGACCUUUGCUUAUAGAAAUGGACUUACUAUCCACAAAAUUAUCCACACAGGGGAGAAGCCGUAUAAAUGCUUGGAGUGUGGAAAAAUCUUUGCUCAAAGAGGUAAUCUUAUUCGCCAUAAGAGGAUCCACACAGGAGAGAAGCCGUAUAAAUGCUCAGAGUGUGGAAAGACGUUUGGUGAAAGAGGUAAUCUUAUUCGCCAUAAGAAGAUCCACACAGGGGAGAAGCCGUAUAAAUGCAUGGAAUGUGAUAAGAGCUUUGCUUAUAGUGAUGGACUUACUAUCCACAAAAUCAUCCACACAGGGGAGAAGCCGUAUAAAUGCAUGGAAUGUGGAAAAAUCUUUGCUCAAAGAGGUAGUCUUAUUCGCCAUAAGAGGAUCCACACAGGGGAGAAGCCGUAUAAAUGCAUGGAAUGUGGAAAGAUCUUUGCUUAUAGAAAUAGACUUACUAUCCACAAAAUGAUACACACAGGGGAGAAGCCAUAUAAAUGCAUGGAAUGUGGAAAGAGCUUUGCUUAUAGUGAUGGACUUACUAUCCACAAAACGAUCCACACGGGGGAGAAGCCGUAUAAAUGCAUGGAAUGUGGAAAAAUCUUUGCUCAAAGACGUAGUCUUAUUUGCCAUGAGAAGAUACACACAGGGGAGAAGCCGUAUAAAUGCAUGGAGUGUGGAAAGACUUUUGCUCAGUGCAGUUAUCUAAGAAUACACAAAAGGAUCCACACAGGGGAGAAGCCCUAUAAAUGCAUGGAGUGUGGAAAGGCCUUUGCUCAAAGAGGUCAUCUUAUUCGCCAUAAGACGAUCCACACAGGGGAGAAGUCGUAUAAAUGCAUGGAAUGUGGAAUGGGCUUUGCUCAGAAAGGUAGUUUUACUUCUCAUAAAAGGAUCCACACUCAGGGAAAACUGCAUAGCAAUAGUAAUUCCACUUAGACUUAUAUACCAUUCCACAAUGCUUUACAGCACUCUUUGAGCAGUUUACAAAGUCAGCAUAUGGUCUCCAGCAAUCUGGGUCCUCAUUUUACCCACCUCAGAAGGAUGAAAGCUGAAUCAACCAUGACCCUGUCAGAAUCAAACUUCUGGGUGUGGUCAAUAAGCCUACAGUACUGCAUUCUGACCACUGAUCCACCAUGUCUCUAUAGAUUUUGAUCUGUAUGCAUAUUGUGCCUUUCUGAUCCAAAUGAGACAAGGUAGAAUCCAAGAAAAUGAAAUUUAAUGUGGAGAAAAGUAAGUUUUUACACGUGGGCAGGAAAAACAGAUUUCCUGAAACCUGGCUCGAAAAUAGUAACUGUGAAGGGUCCUUGGAGUCAGAAUGGAUGAUCAAUUAAGCAUGAAUCACCUGUGUGCGGCAGCAGCCAAAAAAGCGAAUACAAUCCUUGGUUGUAUAAACAGAAGCAUAGAAUCAAAAUUACAUUAAGUAUUAGUACCGCUCUAUAAAGCCUUAGUAAGACCACACCCGGAAUACCGCAUCCUCUUUGGGUCAUCAUGUUACAAAAAAGUUGUUGAAACUUUGGAAAAAAUGAGAACAACAACAGCUAAAGGCCGGAAGACUAAAACGAGAAUGGUUAUAAGAACUGGACAUGGCUAAUCUAGUGAAGAGAAGGACCAGGGGUGACAGGAUAGCAGUGUUCCAAUAUUUAAGGGGCCGCCACAGAGAGGAGAGGGUCCAAGGCACCUGAAGGCCAGACAAGGAAUAAUGAAUGGAAACUUAUCAAGGAGCGAUUCUACCCAGAAAUAAGGAGAAAUUUUCUGACAGAACAAUCAACCAAUGGAAGAGCUUGCCUUCGGAAGUUGUGGGCGCUUCAUCACUGGUGGCUUUCAAGAAGAGAUUGGACUGCCAUUUCUCAGAGCCCCCGGCUUGGGCGGGGGAUUGGACUAGAAGAGCUCCAACUUCCCUUCCAGCUCUAUUCUGAUUUUGAUUUUGAAUCCUGUCCAUUCUGGUCCUUUUUUGCUAAGUAGGAGGUUUUAAAAGAAAGAUGAGUAUCAAUGGAGAUUAAAGUUAUAGUUUGCCCUCAAA